AUGGUCACGUGGAGCUUGGAUUACCCACGUAAAUCUAAGUUCUGUGAUAGUGAAUUUUGUGAAGUGAUGACGAUGAUGACGAAGAAGAGGAAUAAAGAUGCGGAGAAACAACGGGAAGAGAUGACAGUGGACUUCCAUACUGCGUCACUGGAGGAGCUGUUCGUCAGGUUCAACGUGAAUCCGGCUAUUGGCCUGAGCUCGCUGGAGGCAAAACUCCGACUGGCCAGGGACGGACCAAAUGCCUUGACUCCACCUCCGAAGGUGUCCGAGUGGAUCAAGUUCCUCAAGUCCAUGAUGGGCGGGUUCUCCAUCCUGCUCUGGUCCGGCUGCAUCAUGUGUCUUGCGGCUUUUGUGGUGCAGGCCAGGGGCAUGCCGGACCCGCCCUACGACAACCUUUACUUGGGCGUUGCAUUGGGAGUAGUUGUCCUCAUCACCGGACUGUUUUCGUACUAUCAAGAGUCCAAGAGCACGAGGAUAAUGGAUUCUUUCAAAAACAUUCUGCCCCAG